AAAAAUAAAAAGCUGUUGUAUGGUUCUUAGAUUUUGAUUGUCUUACAUUGUCAAGUGGAUUUUCCGUAAUAUUUUAAUUAAAACACGUUUUUAAAAUAGAAUUAGAUAAAUAUUUCACAAUAUUUGUUUAAAUAACGCAUUAAUUACGUCCAAAGGUGUCAAGUUAAUAAUAUUAAAGCCAUGAGAACUGCAUUUUCACAACUUUCUGUUCUUUUGAUAAUUUGCUGUGUCAUUGUUUCUGCUCACAAGUCCCAUAAACAUGACAAGAAGGAACGAGAUAUCCGAGAAUUCAAAAAAGUCAUUGAAAGAAGAGAUGAUGAUCCUGGAUCUUGCUGCUGUAAAAAUGCUAGCAGGAAGUGGAAAUCACAGGAUUAUGAAGACAAAAUGGGUCGGUAUUUAUAUGAGACAAUCGUAGAUGAAGAUUACAAGCACAAGUCAUCAAAACGCUCAAAGCGAGAAGCAAAAGCAGGCAAGAACAGCGAUCAAAUUGUUACAGACAAACAUGCUUCAAAAAAAUCUUACAAAAAGGUUAAGGACAUUGAUGAUGAGGCUACUUCCGUCUACACAGCAGACACAGAGAUACAUUCUGAUUCAAAAGAUAGGAAGUCAUACUCGAGCGAUGCCAAAAAUUCAUCGAUAUCUGAAGCAAUGAUUUGCCUGCAAAAAUGUGUGGAAACCCUGACAAACUGGAAAUUGUUUUAAAGUUGUGCAUCUAUGACUUGCUGAUCUGGAUCUCACUACGAAAGAAAUAAAGUUAUAAGUAAGCUGAUCAGUAUUCCUUAUUGUGAAUCUGUGAUUUUAUUAAUUCCUCUUUUAAGUAAUUAAAAUUAAUUAACAAAUCAUUCUUAUAUCCUUAAAUGUUUAAAUAAAUUCAAUAUUUUGAGCUUUCGGAACAAAUGGAAAAGCUUAGAUUUC